AUGUCCGUAGCCUUGAUCGUUCUAUGGCAUGUCUACUCUGCCACGGCAAUGUGUAUCGAGGAGGUUCAAGAGCUUGACAUGAGCUUCCUGCAGACGGCGACGACUGUAAACCUCUCGGAGGUACAUGUGAUGAAGGCUUCCAAGCCCGGAAGCAGUGCAGCUGACGUGUCUGGCGUUGAGACGAAUGCCGCCGGCGACCUCACCACCUUCCUUACCGGCCUCAUGACGAAUUCUGCGAUGAUCGCGGCCUGCGUGGUGGCUUUUAUUGUAUUGAAGAGCAGGUAUCCCAAGAUGUUUGCUUACAACAGCAUCUCCGGCAAAGUUCCAGACACACCCGCGGAUGACAAUUUCUCCUGGGUGAGCUCCUCUGAGAAGAAAGUGCACGAGGAGCACCGAAAAUAUGCCGGUCUCGACCAUGCCAUGUUGUUGGAGUUCACCAUGAUGUGCAAGCGGAUCUUGAUGAAGAUCGGCCUGCCAAUGCUCCUCAUCAUGAGCCCGCUGAACUAUCUUUUUGGCCAUGGCUCUGCUGAGCAAACCGGGGACAACCUCAGCCGGAUCGCCAUGGGAAAUGUUGCGAUAAGUCACCCUUGGCUGUACUACAUCUACGGUCCCAUCACCAUCGCAGUGGUUUGGAUCGUCCGCCGGGAGACUUUCACUUCGAUGCGACGCUUUUGUGAGUCCCGCUUCAUUUGGAUGAAACACUUGAAAAAUCCGCAGGCCUCGACGGUGAUGGUGGAGGGCAUCCCAGACGAGUACCAGUCGGAUGAGAAGGUGAAAGAGUACUUCAGCCGUAUGUUCAGCAAGGACUCCAUCAAGGCAGUUCACGUGGCCAAGCACAUCUCCCAGCUGGAGACCGUGUAUGCUGAGCUGCGAGACGCCAUGAUGAAUUUGGCCAAGGCUGAGCAGGAAUGGGAGAAUGCCGGGCGUGAGGCUGAGAACCGGCCCCAGAUCAAGAGUAUGAUGAGCCCCAUGGGCGGUGGGGCUGAGGAUGCCAUCGAGUACUGGACCAAGCAAAGGGAUAUCAAGCAGAAAGAGGCGGCUGAGUACCGAGAGAACUUUAUCAAGGAUGCUGAAGCUGGGGUUGGUGGUGUGAAUGGCCACUGCGGCUUUGUCACCUUCAAUGAUGUGAGAGAUGCACGUGUUGCGAUGAAUGUGAAGUUCUCCAAGGAUCGGAAUUCUUGGCAAGUCACACUUCCGCCGGCUCCUUCCGCAGUGAUUUGGUCUGAUAUGAAGGUAAACGUGGAUUUGCGCAGUGGUAAGCGAUUGCUUGGAUAUGGCUUGGUCUUCGGCCUCUACGUGGCCUUCACACCUUUCUGCCUGUUCGUGACGAACUUGGCAACUGCUGUGAAUCUGGGCCCCUUCCAGAGCCUUUGGGAGGCCUAUGCGCCCACCUUGGGCCUUUUGAUCUUCCUGUCCUUCGCGCCAACGGUUUUAAUCAACAUCUUCUCCUUGCUCUUCAACUUCAAGUCGGAGGUCAAGAACCAACUAGAGCUUCAGAAUUGGUACUUCUGGUUCAUGGUCUUCUUUGUGAUCGGUGUCACAGUGGUAGGCCAAGAUUUUGUGAAUUUCGUGGAGCAAGUCGCGAAGCAGCCAACACAAUUGCCCAUGGUCUUGGCGGAGAAGAUGCCAACCUCCACACACUACUACUUGAACUUCUUGGUGCUGCAGUGGGUCACCCAUGCCAUGAACCUUACCCGCUAUAUGCAGGUGACCAAGUUCGUGGGCUUCUCCAAGAUUUGGAGUGAAGAUGACGCCCGCGCACUCGCAGAGCCUGAGGAUCAGGAUUACUACGGCAUGGGCUCCAGGACCGACAAAUGA